AUGGUACGUGUAUUUAAAUCGCUUGCGGAAGAUGGCACAAAAUAUUUAUUAGCCGAUAAAAAUGAAUGUCAAGUUUUGAAAAAUGUGAGUAUUUUCAUUCGAUAAUUAUGAAAAUAUAACAAAUAAUUCAGACGUUGCAUGAUUCGACAGUUGCGGGAUGUUUAUUUUCAGAUACAGAAAAAGUAAUUUUUAUUUUGAUGUCCGAUACCAGCGAAGGAAUUAAUGAUUUAUAUGUUAGUUUUAAAAAAUUAAAGGAAAGAAGUUCACAAAAAUAACAUAUUUUCAGAAGAACGAAGCGGCUCAAAUCUUACUAAACGAUGAAAUCCCACUUGAUGGAUUUUUCCAUUUUGAUGAUAUGAGAUCAGUAAGAUCGAGAAAUCCCGCCGCCAAACUCAACGUAAAUAAAUUAAUUACGUUCUCCUGAUUUUGAGUUUUUUUUCAGAAGUUUUCACUACGGCAGCUUCACCCUAUUCCGAGAAAAAACAAGAACUGUUAUGAAGCGCUUCUGCAUACUAUGCAAAUUUCUGUGCUGGUUUCAAGUUUCAACAAAAACCCCCAAGAGAGUGAGUAUUUUGAUACAAUUCUUGAAACACGACGUGACAAAAUUUCAGGAAAGUUCAGUCUUGAUUUGGUAAAUGAAAAAUAUUCGACCUAUUCAGCCAGCAGCAAGACAAGGUAAAAUUAAAAAAAAAAAACUCACGGACAUUUUUUGUUUAUGCAGAUCAAAAAAGAGAAGACUACAAGAUCCAAAUGAUGUUGACUCUGAUGAAGCCGAAAUUCAAACAAAACCGGAAGAUUUACCAUCAACAUCAACAUCUACACAGCCAUCUCCUUUUGAUUUCACAACAAAGAAUCGGAUGAGCUCGAAAACGCACGAAUCACAACAAAUUGAUGUAACUGAAUCAGAUGAACCAGAUUCUGGCGAUGAUAGUGAAAUGGAAGAUGAAGUAACUGUAACAUAUGAAGUUUUACCAGAAGGUAAGCUUGAUGAAACAUGGAAAUUUUCAGGAAUUGUUUUUCUAAUUUCUUAAGAUUAUCAAUUUUUGUUUUUUGAAAAUAUUUCUUAUUAACAAAUUUCGAAAUGAGAUUUUUUUAAAUAAUUGGAACAACGAAAUGUUUCAUAUUUUAGAACAAAAAUGAUUAAAUGUUAUUUUUUUAGGAAAAGUUGGCGAUAGUACCAGAAAGCGAUCAAAAAAGAAGGUAUUUAUUUUUAGAAAGCUUAUCGAUAAAAAACUCACAAUUUCAGGAAGAAAGGGAGUUGAUUGCAUUGGGUAGAGCGGUCAAGGCGAUGGCAGCGGGUAGAGGAUCGAUGCAGUCAUUGCGUGGACAAAGUGUAGAGCAUAGUGGAGUUAAAUUGUUGCAACAUUGUUUAGCCAGGAGCAGAGAAUUGAAAAUGGAAUUGGGUGAAAAUUCGAAAGGAACAAUUUUCGAUAAUCCUAUUGAAUUCACAGAAUAUAUGAUCGGAGUCGGCAAAACGGCGAUCAGGAAAAUUAGAGAUGAUCCACCAGAAGGAAUUCAGAAAAGAGCGAUCAGUCGUAAAAACAGAUGGAAAAAAAGAGCUGAAAAAAUUCCUGAAUUCAUGAAAGAAGCUAUUCGUGAUUGGCUAGAUACUUGUUGGGAGAAAAAUAAACACGUCACAGUAUCAACCCUUCUUGAUUGGCUAAAAAAUGUUUUUCAUUUUCAACUAGGGCGUUCAUUUUUAAACGAUGCGCUUCAUGGCAUGGGUCUCACUUGGAGAAAAAAAUCUGGCCAACCAUUGAUUCAAGAACGAAUUGAUCUAAUUGUUGCCCGGAAACGCUAUCUAGAGCGUAAAUUGAAAUUAUUGAAAAGAGAAGGAAAACAAGUAUUUUUUGGAUAUCUCGAUGAGACUUGGUUUUUCGAAGGGAUGUCAACUAUGAAAGGAUGGGAACACAAAGAUAGUAACAUGUAUAAGCUCGCGCGAGAAGUUAGAAUUGAGGAGAGAAGAAGUGGACCUCCCAAAGGAAAAGACAAAGGGCGAAGGGCGAUUGUGUUGGGAGUUCUCACUUCUGAGGGAAUUUUAAAAGGAUCUGAAAAUAUUCUUAUUUCCGGUCUCAAAGAAAAAGAUCAACUAAUGGAUUUCCACAAAGAAAUGAAUUUUGAGAGUUAUAUGGAAUAUAUGGAACUCGUAUUACCGUUGAUGGCUGAAGAAGCUAGAAAACGCGACAUGGUCGCGGCGCUUGUUGUGGACAACGCGCCCUAUCACUGCGAAGUAGUAGAAAAGGUGAGUAUUCAAGUCAAUAUUAUUAGAAGAAAACUUUCUUGCAGAUUCCAACGAAAUCGAGCUCAAAAACAGUAAUUAAAGAAUAUUUGGAAACACAUAAUGUUCCAUUUGAUCAAAAAUCACUUAAAAAGGACUUAGUUGUUAUUUUGGAAGAUUUCUUGCGACAAAAUGGAGGACGGCAAGCCAUGAAAAAAUAUGUUGUUGACGAGGAGGCCAAAAAACUAGGAGUCGAAAUUUUAAGAUUGCCUCCUUACCAUUGUCAAUAUAACCCAAUCGAACUAACAUGGGCUGCUUUGAAAACAUAUUUGCGACAAAAAUACGAAGAAGGUGAUACUCUUAAAGAUGUGAGUGAAGAUGCGAAAAAUCCAAUAUUUUUGAGUACACAAAGAAAUAGUGGAAUUUUCAAUGUCUAAAUAACUGGUUAAUAUUGAUUUUCAGACAAGACAAUUAGCUUUGGAUUGGAUGCGAGCAUAUUCUCCGCAAGAAGCUCAAGCAUGUAUUCGCCACGUCGAAGAAUUGGAAGAGGCUACAAGAGCAAAAAUCAAUGAGAGAGAAAUUCAGGAAGAAUUAGAUAGAGAAAGAAUUCGCGAUCAGGAAAGGGUUGAUGGUUUGAACGAAGAAGAUUAUAAUGUAGAAGAAGAUGAUAAUGUAGAAGAAUAUGAUGAAGAAUAUAUUGAUGAAGAAAAUGUGUAUGAUAGUUUCGAUGACAGUUUAUUAGGCGAUGCUGAAUCGGAUUAUGAAAAACUAUAUUCAGACUAG